AUGAUUAUUCUGUGCUCACUAUAUCCUAUACGGCCUAUCCGCUACACCUACGAAGAUAGGGAUCAAGACUCGGUAUCGCCACAUCUCUCGCUCUACUUUGCCGACAACGAGGACGGAGAGGGUCGUGCUGCUAUCAAUAUCAAGUCGGGCGAUCGCCGGGAGUCCCGUCUCGCAUACUGGACGGUCCCUCGAUUCGCUCAUCCCAUCACCCAGAAGCUCGCCGCGCUCGACAACGGCUUCCGACGCCUUGCUGGCACAUCGGAGCAGGGGCCUGGGACCCUUGCGAUCGACUUCAUCCGUAGCAACCUCUUCCGCCGGAGCGACGGCCGCAUCCUUCCGCAUGACGUUGACGGCCCAAACAACGACAUUCUUGAUCAGCUGAAACCCAUUCUGGACCGGGCCAUCUUGGCGGGCGCCACAGUGUACAUCUAUGGUACUCAGUUCAGCAAUGGCAAGGGUAUACAUAACGUACACAUGAAUCAGGGGAACCCGCAACGCUGGGGGUGGGAAAACGGCGUUUUCCAGGACGGCGCUCUUAUCCUCGACUUCGAGGACCAUUGGGAGGCCAUCUUCAUCGGCUUCGCAUCGCAAGCCGUCCAUACCGAGGAUGGUCCCAACGAAGCCGGCCAGCCACUGCCACGGACCGGAUAUAUGACGUGGGCGAACUUUUUGGCACCCAAGAGUGCUUUCGACGACCGGUCCCGAGCCAAAUAUGACCUCGACGACUCGCCGGUGUUUAUCACGCGGGCGCUUGUCAACCCACUGAGGCGAGAUAACCAGCCGGGGACCCCUCCCCAGACCGUCACGCUGGCCAACCGGAAGGAUAAGGAGCAGGACUUGAGCGGGUGGAAGAUUCGUAAUGAGGCUACAGAGGAUCAGGAGCUACCAGCACCCCAGAAGAUUGCUGCCAAGGGCACCGUGAUAGUCAAAGUGCCAGAUGCUCCGCUCAACAACCAGGGUGGAACCAUUACCCUUCUCAAUGCGCAAGGAUUUAAAGUCCAUGGUGUCAGCUAUACGAAGGCUCAGGCUCAAGACGGCACGGUCUCUUUUAGCUAG